AUGGUGACGCUGCGGACACUGGCGUCCGCUCUCGCCAGAGUCGCACUGUGUGCACCUUCGUCGCUGGCAUUCUCCGUCAAGCGAAAUCCCAUCGGCUACCUCUCCCUCGUCGAUGACCCGGUCAUCAAGACCCCUUCUCACCGCGCUCACUACCUUUCCAAAUUCGACCUCACAUUCACUCUUCAUGAUGGACGGCAAAGUAUACGGCUGGCCCUCGACCCCAACGACGACAUCUUGCACGAUGACUUUGCCAUCACCCUCAUGGGCGAGGACGGCACCGUGCGUGACGUGCAAAAGGUGCCGCGGACAGAGCACCGUGUUUACCGCGGCGAUGCCUUUAUCGAGCGGCCCAGCCACCGCGGCUGGUCCAAAGCCGGGUGGGCGCGAGUGACGAUUCAUCGCGACGGAGAGCACCCCGUCUUUGACGGCGCAUUCCGCAUCGACGGCGACAAUCACCACAUCCAGACCGCUGACCAGUAUCAGAAGCUCCGGGGCGACGAUGACCCUGUUGUCCAACACCUGGCUGAUUCUGAGGAACGUAUGGUAGUCUGGCGUGACUCGGACGUUGUGAACUUUUCCGACGAGCACAACGAGCUGAAGCGGAGUGUUGGCGACGAAUCUCUCUGCAACGCCGACACACUCAAGUUCAACAGCAAGUUCCAAACCGAGUCACUGAGCCACAACACACUACCCGGCGUCGAUUUCCGGUCCUUGUUCGGUCGUCAAUCCAUUGAUGGCGGUGGCGACAGCGGCUCCGGCUUGAAUCUCUUGAACUCGAUUGGCUCCGUCGAUGGAUGUCCAACCACGAGAAAGGUCGCUCUCGUCGGCAUCGCCACGGACUGCAACUACUGGGAUGGCUUCGACAACAAAGAGGCCCUCACCAAGAACGUCAUCGGCAUGGUGAACAAGGCAUCCGAGGUGUACGAGAGCACCUUCAAGAUAUCACUGGGCAUCCAGAACCUUACCAUUCUCGGCAAGAAUUGUCCCGCCACAGCGGCGGCCGCGACGCCGUGGAACGUCGCAUGUGCCCCGCAGACGACUAUCAGCGAUCGCCUCAAUACCUUCUCCAGGUGGCGCGGCCAGUUCAAGGACGACAACGCCUACUGGUCCUUGCUCACCAAGUGUGCCACUGACUCGACUGUCGGUCUAGCGUGGAGCGGACAGCUGUGUCGAGGCUCUGGCGAUAACAGCAACGGCAAGGGGAACGAGACGGUCGCCGCGACCAACGUGGUCGUUCGGACGGAUACCGAGUGGCAGAUCUUUGCCCACGAGACAGGUCACACCUUUGGAGCAAUCCAUGACUGCACGAGCUCCACCUGCCUAGCAGACAAGUCGAGGCGUCGGUGCUGCCCCCUGAGCCGGACCAGCUGCGACGCGGGAGGCAAGUUCAUCAUGAAUCCGUCGACAGGCAGCGGUAUCACCCAAUUCUCCGCGUGUAGCAUCGGCAAUAUCUGCUCCAGGCUCAAGUCCAACAUGAUCAAGGGCAACUGCCUUACGGACAACAAGAACGUCAAGACCAUCACGGGCAGCCAGUGUGGCAACGGCAUCGUGGAGAACGGCGAGGAUUGCGAUUGUGGCGGCGAGGAUGGAUGCAAGAACAGCAAAUGCUGCAACCCCCAGACGUGCAAGUUCCUCAACGGCGCCGUCUGCGACGCGAGUAACGAGGACUGCUGCACAGACCAGUGCCAGUUUGCGUCCAACGGCACCGUCUGCCGCCCCAGCACCGGCGUCUGCGAUGUCGAGGAAGUCUGCCCGGGCAGUCACGCCAGCUGCCCGGAGGACAAGCACAAGAGCGACGGCGACUCCUGUGGGAGCGGCCUCCAGUGUGCGUCUGGGCAGUGCACGUCGCGUGAUCAGCAGUGCAAGAACAUGGCCAGCAGCUACUCAGGCAGGAGCAACACGUCGGCCUGCCCGGAAAGUGGCUGUCUGCUCGCCUGCACAUCUCCAGAGAUGGGGCCUGACCAGUGCGUCACCUACAACCAGAAUUUCCUUGACGGGACGGACUGUGGCGCCGGAGGGAAGUGCUCCAACGGGUCGUGCAGAGGCGCGUCGACGGCCAAAGAGAUUGGCGACUGGAUCCAGAACCACAAGGCCAUGUUCAUCUCCGUCGUCUCUGUUGUUGGUGGCCUCAUCCUGAUCGCCAUCCUCAGCUGCAUUGUGAGCGCGAUCCGGAAAUGUUCGCACCACGGAAAGCAGCCUAAGCCGCCCAAGAUGAGCAACUGGCCCUCGUACAAUGCCGGCGGGCCAAACUGCAGGGCCCAGCAGUGGAACCAGAACCAGCAAUGGACACAGUCGUCUAGCGCCCUUCAAGGCGGCCAGGGCCCUCCUCAAAGCUUUUACUCCUACCCGCCUCCCCUCGCGAUCGACAGGGAGAGGUGGUUGAACCGACAGCGAAGCAUGAGAUACGCAUAG